ACAAGACCCCAACGAAACGAGGAGCGAAGAUUUAGGUGAAUGUGUUUCUAUAGAGAGAGAUCACAGUGUCAGGAAACGACACCGAGAUUGGGCGAAAACCCAAAGAACCUUCUCCUUUCUCUUCUCUUUGUCUCUCUUUGACCCAUUAUACGGCCUACCACUCUCCGUCCUUCUCGUAAACGCCGCCGUUGUUCGGGGCAGCUAUGGCUUCCCAGUUAUCUACCCAUAUAUAGAUUCUUGUAUUCUUUGAGUUUUUUUUAAGGUGUGGCCUUCUGGGUAUUGGUUGAUUGCUUGGAACUUGCAGAAAAUGGAAAGCAUGAUUCAGAAACUAAAAAAGUUCGAUGCUUACCCAAAAAUUAAUGAGGAUUUUUAUAGGAGCACUUUCUCCGGUGGCCUCAUUACCCUCUUCUCUUUUCUUAUCAUGUUUUUCCUCUUCUUCUCUGAGUUCAGAUUAUAUCUGCACACUGUUACUGAGACAAAGCUUUUAGUGGAUACUUCGAGGGGGGAAACUCUAAAGAUUAAUUUUGAUGUCACUUUUCCUUCAAUUCCAUGUACAUUGCUCAGUCUUGAUGCCAUUGAUAUCAUGGGAGAGCAGCAUUUUGAUAUAAGACAUAAUAUAAGUAAGAAGAGAAUUAAUGUUCAUGGUGAUGUAAUAGAAGUCAGGCGUGAUGGGAUUGGUGCACCAAAAAUUGAAAAGCCUUUGCAAAGGCAUGGUGGCAGACUUGAACAUGGUGAAGCUUAUUGCGGCUCGUGUUAUGGUGCAGAAAUGUCAGAUGAUGAUUGUUGUAACUCAUGUGAACAAGUUCGUGAAGCAUACCGUAAAAAAGGGUGGUCACUCACAAAUGUGGAUUUGAUUGAUCAGUGCAAACGAGAAGGCUUUUUCCAAAAGGUCAAAGAUGAAGAAGGUGAAGGAUGUAACAUAUAUGGAUCUCUGGAAGUAAAUAAAGUGGCUGGAAAUUUUCAUUUUGUACUUGGGAAAAGCCUUCAUCACUCAAACGUCGAUGUGCAAGAUUUGCUGGCUGUUAAAUCAUAUAGUUAUAAUAUAAGUCACAGGAUAAAUAGACUAGCUUUUGGUGACUACUUUCCUGGCGUGGUAAAUCCCCUGGAUGGGGUACAUUGGGAGCAUGAAACACCAAAUGGCAUUCACCAGUACUUCCUCAAGGUGGUCCCAACAAUAUACACUGAUAUCGGAGGCCACACUGUUAGUUCAAACCAGUACUCUGUAACAGAGCAUUACAAGAAAUCAGAAUCGGGUCACUCUGACACUCCUGGAGUUUUCUUCUUUUAUGACUUUUCUCCAAUUAAGGUGACUUUUAAAGAGGAGCACAGUUCAUUUUUACACUUCAUGACAAAUAUUUGUGCAGUAUUUGGAGGUAUUUUCACAAUUGCUGGAAUAAUAGAUUCAUUUGUCUAUCAUGGUCAAAGAGCAAUCAAGAAAAAAGCAGAAAUCGGCAAGUACAGAUGAUAUUCCCUGUUGGCUUUUCAGCACGAUGUUUUGGGGAGGAUGUGAAACAAUGGAAUUGUUUAUUCUCAAGAGCCGUGGACCUCUUCAUGAUAUUCACUCUACUUUCUAGUCAGUUUACAGGUUGUAGGCCAUAGAUGUCAGAAUAUGAACCCAGCUCCUGUUUAAUCAAAUGAUGCUUGUUACGUGUGUUCUGCUUUCGAUGUCCAGUACUCUUGUUAGAUGGCAAUAGCUUGAUAAAAAUACCUUGGAGAAUUGGUAUAUGUCUGAAAGUCUCUCUCAGAAUAUCAGAGACAUUUGGUUCUUGUUAAGAUAUGUUACAUAGAAAUACAGUUAUGAACAAUAUAACCAAACUCUAUGAGCACAAUGAACAUAAGAUUCAUUUUGAAGGUGAAGUUAGAUGCAAUUGGCUUGGCAGAUAGCAAGUCAAAUUUUGAGUAA